GGCGGGUAACUCUAAUUUACCUUCUCUUGAUCGGUUUUGUCUUCCAUUUGAGUGUAUUUGUUCUAAGUCAGUUACUGCUACACUCUGAGUAUUUUUACGCUAUUGGUAUCAACAAAUGGACCUUGGAUCACUACAAAGAAUAUCGAGAUCUUGAUUUGAAAACAAUCCGUUGGGUACUACAUCUUUGUGAAUGAUGGCUGGCCCAAGUCAACAUUACCCUCUGACAGCCCAGAUGUCAGCUCCGGCGUCCUAUCAGGCGUAUCAACCACCACCACCGCCGCAGAUGUCACCGCAGCAACAACAGAUGAUGGUUCAACCCAAAGAGAUAAAUGCUGCUUUGUUUUGUAGAGCUGGGCAGGAAGCUGUCCACGACCUUGUUUCCAAAGCAACAGAAUUAUUUCAGCAGAUGUAUCGGUUACAAAUUCCAAAUGGUGUGACAGCUGGUCCGCAGCUGUACCAGGAGCGGCGGAUCAAGAUUGAUGAACAGCUGCGUGUCAUCCUGCAGAUGUUUCAGAAGCUACGAGUCAUCUACAACAAAGUCAAUGAAAUAUCCAUACACUUCCCAGAACCCCCAGAAGAGUUGCUGAUUCCGCUGGUUGGUUCGGAGGUGGAUCAGACAUCAAUGAACAAUGAUGUGUAUAGAUAUGUGGCAGAAGAACAUAGAGACAUUGUAGAGCAAGUACGAAUGAAGAAUCAGGAGAUUAAAGACAUCAUUGACCAGAUACGUUCCAUCAUCUGGGAGAUCAACACCAUGAUUACAAUGAGGAAAACGUGAAGCAAGGCCUUGUUCACCAUGGGAUACUGACGGAGGCUGGACAGCAGCGGGGCAGACAUGGAGCACCUAGAUACCUCCAGUAGUCCAGUGGAAAAAAUGACUGUGGCCUUUAAAGACAUCACCUCUAAUUUUAUGAGCAUGUGAAUCUCAGGUUUUCUUUUGGAAAUGGGGCAACAGUUGGCUGAGUGGUCUGCAGUGGUGCAUUUCACAGCAGAGUUGCAUCCCUUUGCCCCGCCAGGAUCUGGAGGGUUGUUUGUUCAAGAGCAGACUUGCCGCAAUAAUGAUUCAUGCUUUGUGAGCACAUUCUCCUGGGUUUCAAGGAUUUCACAGUGCCCUGCUUCGGGUUUUCCUUCCACAUUAAACAGUGACACUGACAGAAGUGAAAUAUCGUUCUAAGUGGAAUAAACUCAACUCACUUAUAAUAGGUGGAUAUGUCAGGAAUGAGGAAACAAUUUGUACAAUAUUUGUCAUGUUUGAAAAUAAACAGCCAUAUCCAUCAGA